UCGAGGGUCACGCGCAGGUGGCUCUGCCGUGGUGGUGGCGGCGGUCGCAGAGGCAAAAGCCGAAGGAGGAGGACGAGAGGCGUCAGCCCGCCGUCGCUGCGGGCAGGCACCUCCGCUGAGCUUUCAAACCAAGUCAUUGGGAGUUAGCAUCUUCCCACCCGACAGGGAAGAGAGGAGUUGGCAAGAAUUUGGCUCACCCAUUCCCCCUGCAAUCCUCUGGUGAGGUGGAGCACCGGACUUCUGCCAUGACUGACACUGUGUUCAGCAACAGCUCCAGCCGUUGGAUGUGCCCCAGUGACCGACCCCUUCAAUCAAAGCUCCAGACAGGAUGGUCUGUCCACCCCAGUGGUCAGCCUGACAGACAGAGGAAGCAGGAAGAGCUGACAGAUGAGGAGAAGGAAAUCAUCAACAGGGUGAUUGCUCGUGCUGAGAAGAUGGAAGAGAUGGAGCAGGAGCGAAUCGGGCGCCUGGUGGACCGUUUGGAGAAUAUGAGAAAGAAUGUGGCUGGUGAUGGGGUGAACCGCUGCAUACUGUGUGGAGAACAGCUGGGGAUGCUGGGCUCCACCUGUGUAGUGUGCGAGGACUGUAAAAAGAAUGUCUGCACCAAGUGUGGGGUGGAGACCUCCAACAACCGCCCGCAUUCUGUGUGGCUCUGCAAAAUCUGCAUCGAGCAGAGAGAGGUGUGGAAGCGUUCUGGAGCAUGGUUCUUCAAAGGCUUCCCCAAACAGGUCCUCCCACAGCCUAUGCCCAUAAAGAAGACCAAGCCCCAACAGCCAGUCAGUGAGCCCACUGCCCCUGAGCAGCCCACCCCUGAGCCCAAGCACCCUACCCGGGCCCCAACUCGAGGUGACACUGAAGACAGAAGGGGCCCAAGUCAGAAGGCAGCACCUGACCUGGCCUCUGCUCCUGGGAGAGGAAGCUAUGGGCCUCCUGUGCGCAGGGCCUCAGAGGCACGAAUGAGCUCAUCUGGCCGGGACUCAGAAAGCUGGGACCAGAGCCACAGUGGGGCUGCCAGUGACCCCAGCCGGAGCCCAGCAGGUUUGAGACGGGCCAACUCAGUCCAGGCCUCUAGACCCACCCCAACCUCGAUGCAGAGCCCAGCACCUCCCCAGCCUGGGCAGACAGGGCCCCCAGGAGGCAGCAGACCCACUCCUGGGCCAGGGGGACGCUUUCCAGAUCAGAGACCAGAGGUGGCUCCGAGCGACCCUGGAUACACAGGGGCCACCGCCCCACCCCGGGAGGAGAGAACAGGGGGAAUUGGGGGCUACACAGCAGUCGGAGCCAGGGAGGACCGAGUGGGCCACCCAUCAGGCCCCUAUUCCCAAGCGUCUGCUGCUCCGCAGCCGGCUGUGGCCCCAUCCCGCCAGCCCCCACCCCCAGAGGAGGAGGAGGAGGAAGCCAACAGCUAUGAUUCCGAUGAAGCAACCACCCUGGGUGCCCUGGAGUUCAGCCUUCUCUAUGACCAGGACAACAGCUCCCUGAACUGCACCAUCAUAAAGGCCAAGGGACUGAAGCCCAUGGAUUCCAAUGGCUUGGCCGAUCCCUACGUUAAGCUGCACCUCCUGCCAGGAGCCAGCAAGUCCAACAAGCUUCGUACAAAAACCCUGCGGAACACCCGAAACCCCAUCUGGAAUGAGACUCUGGUCUAUCAUGGCAUCACGGACGAGGACAUGCAGAGGAAGACCCUCAGGAUCUCUGUCUGUGAUGAGGACAAAUUUGGCCAUAACGAGUUUAUUGGUGAGACUCGAUUCUCACUUAAGAAACUGAAGCCCAACCAGAGGAAGAACUUCAAUAUCUGUCUGGAGCGGGUGAUCCCGAUGAAGCGUGCAGGAACCACUGGGUCAGCCCGAGGCAUGGCUCUGUAUGAGGAGGAGCAGGUGGAGCGUAUUGGUGACAUAGAGGAACGCGGCAAGAUCCUGGUGUCCCUCAUGUACAGCACACAGCAGGGAGGCCUCAUUGUGGGCAUCAUACGCUGCGUGCACCUGGCAGCCAUGGACGCCAAUGGCUACUCAGAUCCAUUCGUCAAGCUCUGGCUGAAACCAGACAUGGGAAAGAAGGCCAAACACAAGACUCAAAUUAAGAAGAAAACCUUGAAUCCCGAAUUUAAUGAGGAGUUUUUCUAUGACAUCAAACAUAGUGAUCUGGCAAAGAAGUCACUGGACAUCUCAGUCUGGGACUAUGACAUUGGCAAGUCCAAUGAUUAUAUCGGAGGCUGUCAGCUGGGGAUCUCAGCCAAGGGAGAGCGCUUAAAACACUGGUACGAGUGUCUGAAAAACAAGGACAAGAAGAUUGAGCGCUGGCACCAGCUGCAGAAUGAGAAUCACGUGUCAAGUGAUUAGGAUGGUGCCCAGGUCCCAGCUCCAUGCCCCAGCCUGCGCCCUGUCACCCUCAGUUCCCAGUGCACUCCAAUCUCUCCUUUCUACACCUUCCACCCCACCCCUCCCAGAGCCAGCCUCUGAGGUCUCCCCCACACCUCAGACAUUACCAUCAAAGGCUCCCCUCUGUGUGCAGCCCCUCUCUGAUCCCUCCAGAAUGGAGCCGUAGGGACGGGAGUGGGGAGACUUUCACGAGGAGGUGGUUGAUUUAUAACCUCUCAGCCUGCGUAAUUUACAGAGGUUCUUCAUCAUUUGGGACUGUUUUUAGACCCUCCUGGCCUUGUAUACACACGCAACUUGUGUCUCCUAUGUUGCAUCUGCCUAUACCCUCAGCUGUCAGCAGGGCCAAACAAGGCUGUAAGAACGAGCAUUGGGGCAGAAAUAGAGCACCUGGGCUCCCACCACCUCUUCCACAUUUGCCAUGAAAAUAGAUCCCCGUGUUCAAACUCUCCACUGACUAGGAACUCACCCUUCCAGCCCCAGACACAUCAGGACAUGACCAUGCAGAAUACCUGAGGGGACUGGGUAUAGCCCCCCUCUUUCAAGAUGUCCCCUAUUUGCUUCCUGGCAGGAAAUAGCUCCCAUUCUUGACCCCCCCUUCUCCUCCUUCCCUUCCCCCAUCCCUAGCCACAUUCAACUCCCCUUCCUCAUCUCUCCCCUCUUCUCUACUCUCACCUGUCCCCCCUCUCCUUUUUCCCUCUCCAAGGGGGUAAAAUAGCAAAAGCAAAUAAGUGUAUCUUAACGCAGCCUGACUUCCUUGCCUCCUCUCACCAGCCUGACCAGCAAACGCUGAGAAACUGGCAAGACCCUGACCUUCUGUGCAGGGCUGUGCUUCUAUAACCACCCACUUCUUCCCUUGGCAGAGCCAGGUGUCCUCAGGCCUUGGGCUGGCUGCUGGGGCUGCCCCAGGUGUAUGGAGGCAUCCCACGAGCUGUGUAGAUGCCCUGCAGAGGGGCCUUCUCAGCCCCUGGCCUCCCCAAGUGGGUGCAGAAGGUGUUUAAACCAGAGCUCUAGGUCCCAGGGGGCCUCUCCAUAGCCCCCAGCAUUUCUCCUUCCUCCAUUCUUAGUUAAUGAACAAAUGACCCUCUCCACUGGUCCAUCGCUCAGAAUCGCCUCUGGCCUGUCUCUGUCUCUAUCUCUUGCACCCUCUUCAUUGUGUCAGGAGAAUAAGACACCAUGAAGGAUCUAAAACUUUAGAGAGUGACAGAUCCCAACACCAAGGCAUCGUUAAUUGUUCAGUCUUUCUUCCUUUAAAAAAAAAAAUUUAAAGAAGGAAAAAGCAAUGAGGAUAAACAUUAUAAGGUUCAAGGUCAGGUAAUCUUCAGUGCCCUGUGAGAAAGACUUGAUUUUUCUCCUAAUUUCCAGUAAGUCUUCCCCUGUGAAAAUCACCCCCCUCUGUCCAACACCCCAACAUUAUAUAUAGAAGUCAUCAGAUGGACACUAAACCUCUCACUUUCUCCAAACACACAGCUUUUAACCUUCUGUUUCAGUGCCCUCCACCAGUAGCUCCCUUGACAAGUCAUCAGAAGUCCUUGAAUUCUUGCCUUGAAUAACCAUUUUCUAGACACCCAGUACUUCGCCUUCCCCAAGAUGACCAACCGCUUCCUGGCUGCCAUCUUCCCUCCCAACCCUCUCCCUUCCCAGGGCCCCCUCGGCACCACUUGUAGCCCGAUUCCUUUUCACAGUUUGCCCUUAGGAGAAAGCAGGCUGCCUGAGUCACCCAGGCCUAACACUGGUAUUGGCACUGGAAUCAGCAUGCAGCUCGCUCUCAGUGCCCCUCGUCCGGGCGCACGCUCUCUCCCAGACAAACGUAACCACCUCCCUGCCUAGUGCGCACACACGCCCUCUGGUGCAUGCAGAUCCACCCAUCGCCUUUCUCUGUGAUGAUGUAGCCAAAAAUAAAGUAGGAACAUCCGGGAAAACUGGUAGCCUGGGUUUUUCCUUUCUGGUUUCUGGAAGUUCUUUCUCCCUACCAAGAUAUAUUAACGUUACUUGGAUAUUCAAUGUUUUUUAUUGGUGUAUGGUUGACUUAACAAUGUUGUGUUAGUUUCAGGUGUACGGCAAAGCGAAUCAGUUAUACUUGGAUACUCAGCACUUAAUGAACAUCUACUAGGUUCCAGCCUCUGGAGAGACAGCAGUAAACAAGGCAGAUGUGGUCCCUGCCCCUGUGAAGUUUGCUAACUGAUGGAUUUUAUCUUGGGCAGGU